AUGCCAAGUAAGGAAAAGAUUCGGAGAAACGCAACCCGACUUGACAAACCCGACAAACCCAACCAACCCGUUCAACUCGAAUCGACCACAACCACAACUCGACACAACAUUCGACAACACACUAGACCCACUCGACUGUCCAAACCAAGAGUCAACCGCCAGCGACAACGAUGUAGACUUGCGUUGGAAGGGAAUGUACUGAGUCAGAAGACCCUGACUCAGAUUGACUUUGUGAAACGGGCGCAGGCGUUGUUGGCCCCUGAUGGCGACGACAAUGAGGGUGAUCUAGGGUACAUUGAUAGAGACGAUGGAAAUGGUGAUUAUGGGCUAUCUGCUAGCUUGCCAAAAAGGUCGAGGAAGAGUACGGGGAAAGGAAGAGGAAGUAGCAGGAGAAAUGUGGCUGAGCACGAUGAGGACAAUGAUGAUCGAACUCUCACCCAAAUGGGAUAUGUUCCAACCUCUAGACUUAAGGGCCAUAUCGGCAGAAUCCACCUGUCGCGCAGUAGAUCGGGUGGGAAGAAAGGUGGGGUCAAGAUGGAGACUAUUGGGGAAGAGCCGGAGGUGGAGAUCAGUGACAGUGAUGUUCUGAGCCCCAGGACCAAGACCGCACACCAAAUGCUCAGAACAAACAAGAAAAGGAAAGCCUCUGAGGUCGACAUUCGCCAACCAUUGCAAGGAGUUCCCUCAUCUCGAUAUGUUGACAGUGAUUCAACCUCAAAGAUACCUGUGACAGCACGGAAAUCAAUUAGACUCGUGGUGCCAUCAUCACAGUCACCAGAUAGCCCGAGUCUCCUGUUAUGUCCACGGACGUUCAAGGAGACUCCGCCCAGGUUCCCGCUUGCACAGGUAUUCUGCAAUGUGACGCCAAAGAAAGUAGAUUCUCCCGUUGUGAAGGUUGAGCCUAAGACGCCCGUACGCCCUUCACUGAUCGCACAGUAUGAAAUCCCCGAAUCGCCUUUUAAUUCAACUUCAGCUAGCUCUCCUCCCCGGAGUUGUGCAGUGGAAUCACCAAAGAAAGUGAAAACAACACCUGCCACAUCCUCACCAUUAAAACCGGAAGAUAACAUCGACGAGACGCUCUCUACGUUAUCCCAUUCUCUGCCAAUUCAAUUGCCUGAAUAUGACCCCACAAACGCUGAUACAAAUACCCAUGUCCCCCAAAAACCUAGAAAAAUGGUUAUAUACGAGACAGACGCAGAAUCAGAGGAAGAGGAAUUCCAUGACACAACUUCUCAUGUUUCCGCCGACGAGUACGAUUCACAGCGUACCAAAAGCCAAAAAUUACAUCAAGCUGAAACUCAAUACGAAGACAUAAAUGACCUGCAUGGCCUGCCCACCCAACGUAGGAGUUCAGUUGCUAAUCAGGAGACCUGCAAUGAUCUACCGGGAGCAAUUCUUGGAUCCGAGCCGUCCAUGCUCUAUUACCGCAAGCCCAUGAGUUUUGCGUUUGACCCAGGCUCCGAACUUGAUAAUAUCGAUUCACAGAAGCUAGCGGAACUCUUUCCAAGUCCUGACUUGGGAGAUCGGGAAUGCCUCGCCCCUCCACUUUCAACAAUCCCGGAAGAACUGGAAGAGGCUCAAAAUAAGGGCCAUAAAGCCCAUGUGCCAAAGCCAGCCAAGGAUCUGACCGAACCGCAUCGCUUAUUUGUCCCCGAUUCCCCACCACAUCGGCACGCUGUCGUUGCACCGGAGCGGAAUGUUCUACCACCGUCGUCGCCUCCAGUCCUUUUGGUUGCGUCCUCAGAACAAAGCGACAAUGAUGAAGGACAGCAAGGUCGCGCUGAGUCGCAGGUUACCAAUGGUCAGGGACUCGUAACUGUCAGUCAAUUGUUGACGGAUAGCAUGAUGGAAAGUGUUCCCGAGCUGCCGGUCUGGAUGUCAAGUCAGUAUCUUACGCAGGAAGAGGAGGAGGCGAGUGUUGAAGAGUAA